UGAACUAGUAACGUUAAUGUAGCAGCUGUACCAACCAUCCAAUCAGCAUGGUGCAGCUUCCCCGCCUGACUAGCGCCCUGCGAGCCUUUUCUGGUGUCUCCAGCGGCAGCGAAGCCAACGGGACGAACACGAUAUCACUACAGGAGAAGCGCCAGCUGCAGUCAGCCAGGCUGUCCAAGUCUGAGGUGACCUUGGACACCCUGACAGCAGAACUGUUGAAGAGAUGUGUCCGAGGACAGGAGCAUCAGCUUCAAGCAGAUGUGAAGGAGCUGUGCCAUGCAGCCUCAGCCAUUGUUGGUGAUAUCGGGGUAGAGUACAUCCAUGAUGCUGCUGUUGUCCUUUUCCGCACCCUGUCACCAGUCGACAAAGUUGGCAGGGAAGAAACUUCCAAACUCAGGGCGAUCUUCGGGCCGUUCCCCGCCAGCGCCGUGAACAAAGCCAUGAAAUCGGUCAAGGACAUUUGCUCCUGCCUUUCCGAAGGUUCCCUAAACUCACUGACGUGCUUCUCCAGUCGCCAGUCGCAAGAAAUUAAAGAGUUUGGACAAGGAAUUCAUUUCUCCCACGAAGGUCUGAAGCUUGUGACACUUUCUGAAAGACCUGGAACUGAGCCUAAGUCCGCACACAUGAACAGGGAAGAUUUCUCUGCUGCCAACGCAAACAUAAACGGAGCGGCGGAGAGUUUAUUUACCGAAGCGUGGCUUUUUGAAAGGUUGCAGCAGAUUUUUGGCGAGGGCUCGGAGUUCGGAGCGGGGUUACCUCCGGGAGAGCUAUGCGAUACUUUGAUUGACAUCUUGAGCACAAGCCAAAGCGACUCUGUGUUACAGAAUGAGUUGUUUGAACUCCUGGGUUCCGGAUGUUUGGACCUGAUCCAAGACCUUCUGGACCACAGGAGUGAGCUGGUACAGAGUGCUGCAAGUCAGAGGCAGAGGGAACUCAGAGGUUCAGUUGACGUUUCUGGAAUUGCAGGGAAGAAAACCCCUAUUGUUGCACCUACAGUGACAGUACAGUCAGAAAAAGAGCGCCAGCUUCUCAAGCAGUAUCGGAAAGAUGAGCGUCGUAUGGCCAAAAAAGACGUCACCAAUCAACAAGGGGCAGCAUCAAACAGAUUUGACCCCCGUGACCUAAGAGCACAUAGGGAGGCGCUGCUUCAAGAGGCAACCGCCACGCCAUUGUUCAGUGAUCCCUAUGCAGAGCUCAGGCCAAUCCGCUACCCCAAUGUAUACGACUCCUUCUCCGAAGCUCGCAAGUCCUCCUCUUUUAUUGGAGGCUGCAAAAUGAUCCUGCCUGCAGGGUUUGAGCGUAAGGUGAGCAACAUGUAUGAGGAAGUGUCCAUUCCACCGAGUGACCCCCCACCAUUGACCAUCGGCAAUGACCGCAUCAACAUAAGCCAACUGGAUGAGAUUGCCCAGUUAGCCUUCCAGGGUAUGAAGAAGCUGAACCGUGUGCAGUCGGUGGUGUGUGAAAUGGCGUACGGAACUAACGAAAACCUGCUCGUCUGCGCUCCGACGGGCGCCGGCAAGACCAAUGUGGCCAUGCUUACUGUCCUGCAUGAGCUCAUGCAACAUGUCCAACAUGGCGUCCUGCAGAAAAAGGACUUCAAGAUCAUCUACAUUGCUCCGAUGAAAGCGCUGGCAGCGGAGAUGGUGUCCACGUUCGGGUCCCGUCUCCAGGCGCUGGGCGUGGCGGUACGCGAGCUGACCGGAGACAUGCAGCUCACCAAGAGGGAGAUCGUGGAGACACAGAUGAUCGUCACCACGCCUGAGAAAUGGGACGUGGUGACCAGGAAAAGUACAGGUGACGUAGCCCUGGCGCAGGCUGUCAGACUGCUGAUUAUUGAUGAGGUCCACAUCCUGAAUGACGACCGAGGACACGUCAUCGAGAGCCUCGUAGCAAGGACACUACGUCAGGUUGAGACCUCACAAAGCAUGAUCCGAAUUGUUGGCCUGUCUGCGACCGUGCCCAACUACUUGGAUGUAGCACGUUUCCUGAACGUUAACCCGGAGAAGGGGCUGUUUUUCUUCGACAGUCGUUUCCGCCCCGUCCCCCUGCGACAGACCUACAUCGGUAUCAAGUCCACCAGUCGUAUGCAACAGCUCCAAGACAUGGAACAGGUGUGUUACGACAAGGUGGAACAUAUGGUCAGGCAGAGCCACCAGGUGCUUGUGUUUGUCCAUGCCCGUAACGCCACUGUGAGGACAGCUACAGCUCUCAGAGACAUGGCCACCAGCAGUGGGAAUGGGAGCAUCUUCUGUAGUCAGCAGAGUCCUGAGUAUGGAGCUGCGGAGAAACAGGUAAACCGAUCACGGAACAAGCAGCUACGGGAUCUGUUCCCUGAUGGCUUUGGGAUCCACCACGCGGGGAUGUUACGCCAGGACCGUAACCUGAUGGAGCGACUGUUCUCCCGCGGGUUGAUCCGUGUGCUGGUCUGUACAGCCACGCUGGCCUGGGGUGUCAACCUACCGGCACAUGCUGUUGUCAUCAAAGGAACACAAAUCUACGAUGCCAAGCGGGGUUCAUUCGUAGACCUGAGCAUCCUGGACGUGAUGCAGAUCUUCGGUCGCGCGGGUCGUCCGCAGUACGAUACGUUUGGCGAAGGCGUGAUCCUGACCACCCAUGACAAGCUGAGCCACUACCUGUCACUCAUGACUCAACAGACACCCAUAGAGAGCCAGUUUAUACAGAACCUCACCGACAACCUCAAUGCUGAGGUGUCCCUGGGCACAGUCACCAAUGUUGAGGAGGCUGUCAGGUGGCUCAGCUACACGUACCUGUAUGUCAGGAUGAAGGCCAACCCACUGGCUUAUGGGAUAUCCUACACUAAUGCACAGAAAGAUCCAGAUUUGGAGGAGUUCCGUCGCGAGCUGAUUGUUGCAGCCGGUCGCCAGCUGGACAAGGCGCGCAUGAUACGGUUUGAGGAGAGAACUGGUUACCUCCACCCCACCGACCCCGGACGUACGGCCAGCCAUUUCUACAUCAAACACGACAGUGUGCAGGUGUACAAUGAGUUUCUGAAACCCUUGAUGACGGAGUCAGACAUCUUAGCCAUGGUGGCCAAGUCCCAUGAGUUUGAUCAAAUCAAGGUACGAGAUGAUGAGAUGUCAGAGUUGGAUGAGCUUCUGGACUCCGUCUGUCCGUUGCCCGUGCCCGGCGGGGUGGAGAACAGUUACGGGAAAGUCAACAUUCUGCUGCAGACGUACAUCUGUCGUCAUCGUGUGGACAGCUUCUCACUCAUGUCCGACAUGGCGUAUGUGGUGCAGAAUGCAGGGCGUAUCCUGAGAGGGCUGUUUGAGAUCACCCUGAGGAAAGGCUGGCCCCUGAUGGCUGGCAAACUCCUGGAGCUCAGUAAGGUGGUGGACCGCCAGCUCUGGCCGUUUGAACACCCUCUGCACCAGUUCUCCAUCCUGUCCAAGGAGAUCCUGCACAAGCUGGAGGCACGAAGCCUCAGUGUGCACAGGAUCAAGGACCUGCAGGCUGACGAGAUUGGGAGAAUGAUUCAUCAUGUGAGGAUGGGUAAGAUGGUGAAACAAGCUGUGUACCAGCUACCUUCUCUGGAAUUGGAUGCCGCUAUCCAACCCAUCACUCGCACGGUGCUACGGGUGCGCCUCACCAUCUCGCCGACCUUCACGUGGAACGACCGUGUCCACGGGACGGUGUCGGAGCCCUGGUGGAUCUGGGUGGAGGACCCAGAGAACCACCACAUCUAUCACUCCGAGUACUUCCUCAUACAGAAGAAACAGGUGAAGACAGAGGAAGCACAGACCCUUGUGUUCACCAUCCCCAUCUUCGAGCCCCUCCCCAGUCAGUACUACGUGCGGGCCAUCUCGGAUCGCUGGCUCGGCGCCGAGGCCAUGUGUGCCAUCUCCUUCCAACACCUCAUCUUACCUGAGAGACAUCCUCCACAUACAGAACUGCUGGACUUGCAGCCCCUCCCAGUCACAGCACUGAGGGAUCCAUCGUUGGAGAGUCUGUACAACUUCACCCACUUCAACCCCAUCCAGACCCAGAUCUUCCACACCAUGUACCACACUGACACCAACGCCCUGCUGGGGGCGCCCACCGGAUCAGGCAAGACUGUCGCUGCAGAGCUGGCCAUCUUCAGAAUCUUCCGAGAGUACCCCAAGACUAAGGCUGUGUAUAUAGCUCCACUGAAGGCCCUGGUCAGAGAGCGUAUAGAAGACUGGAAGAUCCGUUUUGAGAAGAAGCUGGGCAAAAGAGUUGUUGAGUUGACUGGAGAUGUGACGCCUGACAUGAAGGCCAUCUCACAGUCGGACGUCAUCGUGACCACGCCCGAGAAGUGGGACGGAGUCAGCCGCAGCUGGCAGACACGCAGCUACGUCAAAGCUGUGACGCUUCUUAUCAUAGACGAGAUCCACCUGCUAGGUGAGGAUCGAGGUCCGGUGUUGGAGGUGAUCGUGUCGCGUACAAACUUCAUCUCCUCACACACGGACAGGUCCGUCAGGGUGGUGGGACUGUCCACUGCCCUGGCGAACGCCAGGGACCUCGCUGACUGGCUCGGGAUAAAUCAGCUUGGUAUGUUCAACUUCCGUCCGUCUGUCCGUCCUGUACCACUGGAGGUUCACAUCCAUGGUUAUCCUGGCAAGCACUACUGUCCCCGCAUGGCCACCAUGAACAAACCAACAUUCCAAGCUGUCCGCACCCACUCUCCCCUGAAGCCAGCCCUGGUGUUCGUGUCGUCACGGCGACAGACCAGACUGACAGCUCUGGACCUCAUCGCUUUCCUGGCUGUGGAAGACAACCCCAAACAGUGGCUGCACAUGCCGGAAAAUGAGAUGGAGGCAGUGAUAAAACAUGUCAAUGACAACAACCUGAAGUUGACCCUGGCAUUUGGCAUCGGUCUGCACCAUGCUGGGUUACACGAGAGGGACAGGAAGACUGUGGAGGAGCUGUUCGUCCAUCAGAAGAUUCAGGUGUUGAUAGCCACCAGCACCUUGGCCUGGGGAGUCAACUUCCCUGCACAUCUUGUCGUGGUCAAGGGUACGGAGUACUACGACGGGAAGACCUGUCGCUAUGUGGACUUCCCUAUCACUGAUGUACUACAGAUGAUGGGGAGGGCAGGCAGACCACAGUAUGAUGAUCAGGGCAAGGCUGUCAUCCUGGUACACGAUAUCAAGAAGCACUUCUAUAAGAAGUUCCUGUAUGAACCCUUUCCUGUGGAGUCCAGCCUGUUGUCGGUACUAGCUGAACAUCUGAACGCAGAGAUCGUAGCAGGAACCAUCACAUCCAAGCAAGACGCCAUGGACUACAUAACGUGGACUUACUUCUUCAGGAGGCUCGUUAUGAACCCCAGUUACUAUGAGUUGGAGGAUGCAGACCACGACAGCAUCAACACCUUCCUGUCAGGACUGGUGGAGAAGGCACUGUUAGACCUGGAGUCCUGUUAUUGUAUCGCAACUGCAGAGGACAACCGUGGAGUUGAGCCCCAGACCCUGGGGAGGAUCGCCUCCUACUACUACCUGAGUCACUACACUGUCAAGAUGUUCAGGGACAGGAUGUCUGCAACUACUACCAUGAAGGAUCUCAUCUCUCUGCUUGCUGACACCAAGGAGUAUGCAGAGUUGCCUGUUCGACACAAUGAAGAUGCACUCAACAGUGAACUAGCGAAGCACCUUCCCCUGGAGGUUGACCCGUACAGUUACGACAGCUCCCACACCAAGGCCCACCUCCUUCUACAGGCUCACUUCUCCCGUCAGCAGCUGCCCAGUACUGACUACCUCACCGACACCAAGUCUGUACUGGAUCAGGCACUCAGGAUCUUACAGGCCAUGACUGAUGUGACAGCUGACGAGGGCUGGCUCAUCCCCACCCUGUCCAUCAUGCAGCUGAUACAGAUGGCUGUACAGGGCUGCUGGGCUAACGACUCCAGCCUGCUCAACCUGCCACACAUACAGAAACAACAGCUGCACUGUUUCAGACACAGCAAUGGCCGCCCCAUCCAGUGUCUGCCUGAGCUGAUGGCAGUUUGUAGGAAGGGACCUCACAUCCUCAGGAACAUGCUGCAAGAUUCUCUCACCCCCCAGCAGAUAGAACAGGUGUGGAAGGUUGUGCAGCAGCUCCCCCUUGUGGAUGUUACCAUGAGUGUAGUGGGCUGGUGGGAGGACAACCCAGACCAGCAGCAGACUAAGCCUGUCACCGUCACUGCCAGUCGGAGGAAGACUGAUUCGGAGUGGAUGAAGGUCCAUGCUGACCAGCAAUAUGUACUACAGGUCAACCUGGCAUGCCUCAACAAGACUGGAAAGAGGAAGGCCCAUGCACCCCGGUUCCCUAAGGCUAAAGAUGAGGGCUGGUGGUUGGUGCUGGGGGACAUGGACAGGAGAGAACUGCUGGCCAUGAAGAGACUGGGACCCAUCAGACAACAGAAAGUACCUCUGGCCUUCUACACACCAGAGACUGUGGGCAGGUACCUGUACGUUGUCUACCUGAUGAGUGACUGUUAUGUGGGGCUGGACCAGCAAUAUGAUGUUGCUCUGGAGGUCAUCCCGGCCGACAUUCAAACUCAGGUGAACUCAGAGGUGGUUGCUGAGUGACAGCCUUCAGGAUGCACACCCCUGAUCCACCAUCACAUUUUGCAAUGGUCACCAUUAUAGCAAUGGAAAAUUGGUUUUGAAUCAACUGCAAUAUGGACUUUCAUGACAAGUCACAGAUUACCAAUGCCAAUGUCUGCUUCAGUUUCAAAUGCCCAUUUAUUAUCCUGCAUAUGGUUAAAACAAGAAAUGUUACAUAACAAGUACAGUCAAUCUUUAAGGAUACAGAGAAAAUAAGACAGAUAUGAUAACCCUAGAUUGUAUGUAUUCUGG